GAGGACAGAGGCAGCAGCGGCAGCAGAGGAAGCGGAUACGAUGGAGGAGGACGACUGUACCAUCCAUCUGCAGCUCAGUCCCCGUCACUGACAGCCUCCCUCUGGGACCAUCCUGCCAAGUUGGGAACAAAACUACACUCCUGUCCUUCACAACACCAAGUACUGGACCCUCAACUCCUGCAGGAGCACUGUGCACAAGAUCAUCAUUAUUUUUCCCGCUCUUGCACUCCCGCACACUUACUCACACACCUUCUCUCAAACUGAAGCACACUUCACUCUGCCUAUUGGACUAGCGAGUUUUUUGUUGUUUUUCAUCAUCGCUGCCUUCCGAGCUGAGUGGAUUUACUUUUAUCCUGUGGAGGACCAUGGGGCUGGGGUGGAGGGGUACAGGAGGGGCCAUCCAAAAAAGGACAGAGGAGAGCUGGUACCAUUUGGUGGCAUUGCUGCUGUUGUGUGGUUUCUGGGAGGCUCACACACAGACAGAUGAUGGGAAGUCUGUCUACUUCUGGGAAACAGGUCCAUGGGGAAGGUGUAUGGGCAGCGACUGCGGCCUGGGUGGCAGCCAAAGCCGGGCAGUCUGGUGUGCCCAUGUGGAUGGCUGGACAACACUUCACACCAACUGCGACCAGGCACAGCGUCCCUCAAACCAGAGAAACUGUUUCCGUGUGUGCGACUGGCACAAGGACCUUUAUGACUGGAAACUGGGUGCCUGGAAUGAGUGCGUGCCAGUAUCAGCAAGGACCUUUGGGGCCCCACGGCAGUUCACGUGCAGUGGAGGCGAAGAGGGCAUUCAGACCCGGGAGGUGGGCUGCAUACUCAAGUCAGACGGAUCUCCAGCAGAGGAUGCCAUCUGUGAGUACUUUGAACCCAAGCCUCGUCUAGAGCAGGCAUGUUUGAUCCCUUGCCCUCAGGAUUGUGUGGUUUCUGAGUACUCGCCAUGGACAUCCUGCUCCAAAACAUGUGGAACAGGCCUCAGGAACAGAGUACGCAGUGUCCUAGUCCCUCCGCUUUUUGGAGGCGCUGCCUGUCCCAACCUGACUGAGUUCCAGUCUUGCAAACCAGGGCCUUGCACAGGUCCAGAGGGCAUGUACAGUCUCAGGGUUGGACCGUGGAACCCUUGUGCCCUCCCGCAAACUCGGACAGCUCGCCAAGUUAAACGCAGGAAAGGCAAAGGGCAAGGGCUCCGGGAGAGGGCAGGAGUAAAAGAUCCCGAGACUAGGGAGCUUAUCCAGAAGAAGCGUACCAGGAACCGCCUCAACCGGCAAGAGAGUCCCUUCUGGGACAUUCAGGUGGGCUACCAGAAUCGGGAGGUGACCUGCAUCCAUAGGAAUGGGAGCACUGUGGGACGCAACAUGUGCUUAACAAGGGACCUUCCACUGACCAUCCAGUCAUGCGUUCUCCCCAAGGACUGCAAGCUUACCGACUGGACCAUUUGGAGCCCCUGCACCAAAACCUGCAUGAACCCUGAAUCUCCCAGAGGCAAUCGGACUCGGACCAGACAGGUGCUCCAGUUCCCCGUGGGCGAGGGGGCGGAGUGCCCACCCCUGGAGGAGUUUGAGUCUUGUGAACCUCAGGGUGAAUCCAUACCACCCUGUGCCACUUACACCUGGAGAACCACAGAGUGGAGCGACUGUCGGGUUGACACAUUGCUGAGCCAACAAGACCGUCGACGUAGCAACCUGACAGGGCUUUGUGGAGGAGGCUUACAGACGAGAGAAGUGUACUGUGUUCAGGCCAACGCUGAGCUUCUAAAAUACCUCAACGACCUUCGAGAAAAGGACAAAGCGGGUCAGACCCAAAAACAGCAGAAGCCUAGUGUCCCCCCUCUUCUCUCCAUCACCUUCCAGAUUACAGCCUCCCGCCCAGUGGAAAACAAGCUGUGCGAAGGUCCAAUCCCCAACAGAUCCCAGCUGUGCCAAAUCCCCUGUCCCAUCGACUGUGAGGUAUCACCCUGGGGUGCCUGGGGGCCCUGCACCUUUGAAAACUGUGAUGAUCAGGCUGGAAAGAAAGGUUUCAAACUGAGGAAACGACAGAUUACGAACGAGCCAACGGGAGGUCCUGGAAACUGUCCACACCUUGUGGAGGCGGUGCCAUGUGACGAGCCCACUUGUUACGACUGGCAGCUGAUCAGUCUGAGUCCGUGUAUUCCUGAUGAUGGGAAGCAGUGUGGCUCCGGCACCAUGAUUGUGCAGGUCCAAUGUGUCAACAGCAACGGAGAGACGGUGGAUAGAAAUCUCUGCACGUCUAACCCAACUCCAGAACCUGUGCCCUGUGAGGUGCCUUGCUCAAGAGACUGUGUGCUCAGUGACUGGACGUCCUGGUCCACUUGCUCUCAGACAUGCUCAAGCAAGACCAUUGAGGGCAAGCAGAUGAGGACCCGCUCUAUUCUGGCCUACAACGCUGGGGAAGGUGGCGCCCUCUGCCCGAACAGCAGCGCCCUUCAGGAGGUUCGGAACUGCAACGAACACCCCUGCACAGUUUACCACUGGCAGACGGGGCCCUGGGGCCCUUGCACUGAAGACCCCUCCACCUCCUCCUUCAACACUUCUGUGGGGGUCCAGCCCAACAGUGACGGCGAGGUUCCCUGCUCCAUGGGAAUGCAGACUCGCAAGGUCAUCUGUGUCCGAGUGAAUGUGGGCCAGGUGCCACCCAAGAAGUGUCCAGACGGUCCUCGCCCAAGCACAAUGAGACCAUGCCAGCUGCCCUGUAAGAAGGACUGUAUCAUGACCCCAUUCAGUGACUGGGCAACGUGUCCAAUUACAUGUGAUGCAGCUGGUGUUGCUGUGAAGAAAAAGCAAUCAAGGAAACGUCUUAUCAUCCAGAUGCCAUCCAACGGAGGGCAGGAAUGUCCAGAGGUGCUCGAAGAAGAGAGGGACUGCGAGGUCCCCAAAAUCUGUCCCGGUUUCAGGUGGAAAACCCACAAAUGGAGGAAGUGCCAGCUGGUCACCUGGUUUCUCAGACAGGACACUCCGGGUGCACAAGAGACCUGUGGACCAGGGCUUCAAACACGAGCCGUGUCCUGCCGCCAGCUGGACGGGACGCAGGCCGAUAUCAGCGAGUGUCUGAAAUUUGCCAAGGCCAUGCCUGCCAUCACUCAGCGCUGUCAGCUCCCCUGCCAGGAUGACUGCCAGCUGACCAACUGGUCCAAGUUCUCGUCUUGCACAGCUGACUGUGUGGGGGUCCGCACCAGAAAGAGGUCAUUGAUAGGUUAUAUUGAAGAGGCGUGCAUCAUCCCCUGCCCUUCAGACUGUAAACUCAGUGAAUGGUCCAACUGGUCACGCUGCAGCAAGUCCUGUGGGAGCGGAGUCAAAGUUCGCUCCAAAUGGCUUCGGGAGAAGCCUUACAACGGAGGUCGGCCGUGUCCUAAACUGGACCACAUCAACCAGGCCCAGGUGUAUGAGGUGGUGCCGUGUCAGAGUGACUGCAAACAGUACGUGUGGGUGGCCGAGCCGUGGAGUGUGUGGAAAGUCAGCAACGUGGAUUUGAAAGAAAACUGUGGAGAAGGUGUCCAGACCAGAAGAGUCAGGUGCAUGCUCAACACAAUUGACGGCCCGUCUGAGUCCGUCGAGGACUACCUGUGCGACCCGGAGGAGAUGCCCUUGGGGGCCAGGGAAAGCCGGCUGCCCUGCCCGGAGGACUGUGUCCUCAGCGACUGGGGCCCCUGGAGUCGCUGCACCCUGCCCUGUACCAGAAGUAACUAUCGAGUGCGGACAGCAUACACCAUUCGACCCCCCAGCGUGGGAAGAGAGUGUCCAGACACGACCGAAAAGGAACCCUGCAGCCUUAACCUCAACUGUUUCAACUACUUCUACAACAUCACAGACUGGAGUACGUGUCAGCUGAGUCCAAACGCUGUCUGUGGCGGCGGCAUCAAAACCCGGAUGCUUGACUGCGUUCGCAGCGAUGGCAAAUCGGUGGAUAUAAAAUUCUGUGAAGAGAUGAAUUUGGAGAAGAAGUGGCAGAUGAACAUCUCCUGCGUGGUCGAGUGUCCUGUCAACUGUCAGCUGUCAGAGUGGUCGGCCUGGUCAGAGUGUUCGCAGACCUGCGGUCUAGAAGGUAAGAUGUGGCGACAGCGGUCGGUGGUUCAGGCUUCUCAGGGCGACGGCCGACCGUGCCCUUCUCAGAUGGAGCAGUGGAAACCCUGUCCUGUCCGACCCUGCUACCGCUGGCAGUACAGCCCCUGGUCUGAGUGUCGGGUAGAGAAUGUGGUUUGUGGACACGGCAUGCGCUUCAGGAACCUGUCCUGCUUCGUGUCGGACGGCUCCAGCGAUGGCGAGGGCAGCCUGGUGGACGAGGAGCUGUGCAGCAGCCUGGAGGUGGCUGUCGAUGGAGACAAGCAGAUCAGACUGAAAGAGAGCUGUGUCCUCCCAUGUCCAGGUGAAUGCUACCUGAUGGAGUGGUCAGACUGGAGCUCGUGCGUCAACAUCUGCGCCAAAGAGGCCGGCGUCGACUUCGCCUCGGUUCAGGUCCGCUCACGAGCCGUGCUGGCCCAGGAGCCUGAAAACCUGCAGCUCUGUCCUGACCAGGAGUGGGAGUCUCAGCCCUGCACAGGAGGUGAAUGUUUCGACUACAAAUGGUUCAGCAGCAUUGGCCCAAAUUCCACCCGGCCGUUGAUCUGGUGUCAGCGCUCAGAUGGACUCAAUGUCACUGGAGGUUGUCCUCCAAUGAACCCUCCAGAGGACAACAGCUCCUGUGACCCGCCCUGCCUCAUGCCAAAGUCUUUCUGCAGCGAGGCUGGUAUUUGCAUGUGCGAGGAAGGCUUCACAGAAGUGCUGUCAUCCACUGGGCAGCUGGACCAGUGUGCCCCCAUCCCCAUCCUGGAGAUCCCCACAGCAGGGGACAAAAAAGGGGAUGUGAAGACCAGUCGUGCCAUUAACCCCACACUGCCCACCACCAUCCAGCCCGGACGCAACGGGCGAACUUGGUACCUGCAGCCCUAUGGACCAGAUGGGAAGCUGAAGAUGUGGGUGUAUGGUGUAGCAGCUGGAGCCUUUGUGCUCCUCAUAUUCAUAGUGUCUAUGAUAUACCUAGCUUGCAAAAAGCCAAAGAGACCUCAGAGACAGAGACAACAGAAUAACCGACUAAAACCUCUGACUCUCGCCUACGACGGGGACACGGACAUGUAGUCCUCCACGAGCUGCUUCACCCAGCACUUCACCUGUCACAGAGACCCACUUCAUCACGCCAUUACAGUGAGCGACAUGGAUGUUUGCAGCGUGAAUGGACACGUCACGGAGCGCAGAAAUGACGGGAAAUCCUCUUAGCAGAGACACUGGUGGGGUUUAACCAUUUCAAGUAGAGCUUCAUUCACUCCUCUUUUGUUUUCUCGAAUAUUUUCUUUUUGCAGAGCUUUUAUGACCUCCAGCGUGUUCAAGGAAAUGCCUUUUUUUCGCCCCCUACACACCAGUAUUUCUGUAUUGAAAGACUUGUUUGAGACACUGGAAAAGCUGGGCGCAGAAGACAGAACCAGCUCUCCUGCUGUCUUUGAACAUGGCAGCGCAGGCUCCAGCUCUUCCCCCACGCUUUUUCUGCUUGUCCCUAAAAAUGCUGAGUAGCUGGAGGCUUAGGAUGCUCUGACGGUUCGCACGUUGCCAAAAGUCACCGCAGGGAAGAGGAGGAGGGAGAGGAAAAUCUCCAUAAAAAGGUUUGGAUUCCUUUUUCUCAAUCCUCAACUGGGUUUUGACUCAAAUCUCUUUUACGGUCUUGAACAAAAGGGAGGCAUUACUUCUCUCUCUUUUUUUUUUCCCGGCUUGAUUCAGAGGCACACAGGCCUGUGUUUGUGGGAUAAACCGAUCUGUAUGAUGCUGAUGGAGGAGUAGCCUGCAAUCAGUUGUUCAUGGAAACUACUGCCUGCCUGCCUGCUUGCCUCCACCCUUGCUUUGUUUCAGGCACUACAUUGCACUAUAUUAGUGCAGCAUGAUAUGCACAUGUGACUUCUACUUUCUAUUGCCAUAAAACACUGCCUCUUCCACAGACAAAAAAAAACAAAAACAUAAAGCAGAGGAACAGCUUCAGUCAACACGAGAACAUUACAAGGGAAGCAACAGCGACAGGAAGGGACAUUUAGACGUGUCACGUUCGAUAAAACAGGUGUGAAUCUCAAGUAAAUAUAUGUAUAGAUUUUAUUUCUCACAAACGUCAGACUUUUUGGUUGUAGUAAAGUCGCUUUUGUGGUUUGUAGAUUUCGUCUGGUGUCAUCACUUUAUUUCUGCCCAGAUGCAACUACGAUAUCAGCAGGUGUUAACUGAUCGCCUGCUUUACAAGUUCUUUUUUAAAUACUUUUUUUUUUUAACUCUUUACAUACAACAGCUCAUGUGCAAACACUCAAAUUUUGCAGUGAGUAAUAAAAAAAAAAAUGGACACUGCAAAAUUUUAAUCAUUCAUGUCAUGCAAAUGUCGUUUCUGCCUUACUGACGAUAACUGAAUACUAACAGUCCUCUAAUACAGGUUAAUACUUGAAUGGGGCAAACGUCGACACUACAGUACGUUUAGACAAAAAAAAAGAAAAACAACAAAAUUUUCUUUCGAGGUUAGGUAGAUGGAUCGAACCAGUUUUUAAACUUUUUCAUGUAGUAAGUAUUAUAGGUGCUCUAUUGUUUUCAGUCACACGAAACGAAGACGAAAUAUUAAAAAGAAAACAAUCUGUACAAACAAGUAUACAAUAUGUUAAUAAUAAGAGAACACGCUUCUGAGUUCAACGUAAAAGCAAAACUGGUGUGGAGAAUGUUUACUUCUUUUUGUUGGAUUUGUAAAUAACAGCGAUUUUUUUAUUUUUUUGGAGAAAAAAAAAUCAAAGUAUGUGUACAUUUAUUUUGUAUUGCACAGAAAACGUUUAGUUUGAAUAUUGCAAAGUGGGUGUAUGAUAUUGCUGAUUGUUGUUACCAUGAUGCAAGUUGUAUGUUGUGACAAACAAACAAAAAAGGAAAGCAAAAAGAAGCGGAAAAGUCGGCCAUUUUGUACAGGUUGUUUAUAUGUAUGGGAAGAAAUACUAAAAAUAAAUGCGGACACGGUUGUAAACACA